UCGAUUUCGAUAACGAUUCAAUCCUAUAUUUAUUUGAGGUUAUGCUCGAUUUAUAUAUACGAUAGGAUAAAACGAAUGUACGAUAUAAUUUGAUCGCGAUUUGAAAAUUUGUCAACCAUUGGACUGAAAAAUAAGGAAUCGAAACUCGGCCACUCGUGCUUUCGCGUAACGUACGAUCGAAUUGGAGAUCGUGAGACGUGCGUAUAAAGCUCGCAGUCAACGAGCAAUGGAAUAAUGGCACCCGCGGGAUAAUAAAAACGGCACAGGAGACUAUAUCGUUCUGUCAUGCACCCCUUAUCGAUCGAGCCAGUUUCCGCCUGACUUUUCGGAGAUAACGGUAUUGAAAUAUUGGGACGUCGUUUCGCACGAAUUCUGGCUGCCACGAUCUGGCACAAGGUGGUACCGAUGGGAAACGAGAUUUUUUUUUUUUUUUUUUUAUCUUAUCGCAACCACUCGACGUUCUUGUUACCGCUUAUGACAAAUAUCCGGCUAUCGAGAAUCGUUCGAACGCAGGAAAUUUUUUUUUUUUUUCGAAAUGAUACGAAGGAAUGUAAACGCGUUAAAUACUACGGAAGAGAAUAUAUACGUAUCGUUCAAUUUAAUGUUAAUUUUCUUUUCGAUAAGGGAUAAUUUCGAAUAUUUCUGAACAAUUUUAGAAAAAAGUAACGUAGAGCGAAUUUAGGAGGGUAAAAUGGUAAGUCAACGUGUACUAUUGCACGAAGGUCGACCUUGUGACAGUUCUUGAUUAGACGUCGACCCGUGCGCACUAUUUUUUUUAUUUUAUCCUAUUAUUCUAUUCCGGUUAAGAUAAAAAGAAGGUACAUUUUUACAAAAUCUAAUUCCCAUGUGUAAAUAUUCUUGUUUUAAACAAAAAAUUUUAUUUUUUCAUUUUUUUAGAAGAUCAAGAUCAAUCUUUUAAAAAUUUUGAGAGUCAAGUUUGAAACUUUCGCAUCUAAUUUUUCUUAUCCUAUUUUAUCUAUUAUAAAGAUAAGAGAGAAUAAUUCGCGUGUAACUGCUCCUGUUUACCAAGUUCAAGAAUUUCUGGUCACAUCUGAAUAGUCUGGAUAAUCGGCGUUCCAUUGUAAUUGUGGAACAUGAAGAUAUCGUUGUAUUAAUUGACGUAGUAUUUCUCUUCGAAAUCUAACUGUGAAUCGUCAAAUUAUUUUGACAAUUUUGUUUCAUAACGAUUCGCUAUCUUUUUUUUAACAUUUAACUUUUUAAAAUUUUAAAAUUCGUGCUUUUUGUAAAAAUCACUACUUGAUCUCUUGUUCAGAGAGUUAUAUUUAAAAAUUUUUCUAUCGAGGACAAGAAAAUAAUAGUAUUGGACGUUGAUAAUUUUAUUAAGAAUAACGUUACAUAAAACUUGAUAAAUAGAAUCGGUAAUUGAUCAUUAUUAAAUAGUUUCUUUUGAUUUCCUCGUAUUUCAAAGUUUAAAUUCUUCGCAUCAACAAGAAGUUGUUUGUUUUCUUAACGUACGCCGAAAGCUAUAUUAAUAUCACAGGAAGCUUUUACUUCCUCGCUCUGUAUUCUUCUUCACUACGGAAAAUUUUUGAUGAAUCUAAUAAAAAUUAAUCUAAUAAAGUCACGAAGUAAAAUCUUUGAAAAUUAAUCCUUUAAUAUUCAAAUUUUUCUUUUUCAAUUACGAAAAUAAUCGAGACGGCCCAAUCUUUAAUUCAAAUAACUCAAAUUUAUUCAAAACUUACUGCAACUUAACCUUGUAACGUUACCUUGUCUGUACUUCAUCGAGUUAAUUUAUUCACCAAAAACAAAGUUUCCUAAAUAACCUAAAUAAUUUAAAUUCAUUCACAGUUUACUUUAAUCUAUUUACCAAAAACAAGCUUUUUCGUUAAGAGUUCGCAAAACGUUAAAAAAACAGCACCGAUUUUAACCUACGCGAGCAGCCAAGCAGGAUGUACUUGCCAACGAUUAGAGUUGAAACCAAUUGAAGGUUGGCGAUGGUCGGGGCGAGAAAAAGUGUCACCUAAUUAACGUGAGCGGCAGCACCGUCGCUAAUCGGUGGGUCCAAACCUCUAAAUGGGAUUACUUAUUAAUGACGAACGAUUUGCUGGCUAUCAAGAGGAGUAAUGGACUCGUUCCUUUAAUAAUUGUCAGUGUGGCAAGGAAAUAGAAAAGUGUACAAUACGAAUUCAUCGAUGGUACGGACGAAAGUUUAGAAAUUGAAUCAAUGGCAAAAGCGGGCACAAAUCUUAUGGGCAAAUUUACACAAAGUGUCCGAAGAAUCGUCCAAGAUGUAAAGGAUGAAGGAACAUCGAGUGGACAAACUAAGGAAGAGGUGAUUGAAACGAACGAGAGACUAAGAAUCGUGAGGAUACGCCUCGAUGGAAGUUACGAGAUUGCGAAACGUGCCCUCGUUGAACUUAUGUGCAAAUAUACCGACAGCAAGCAAGUACGCAACGUGUUUCAACGUUACAACCUCUUAAAACUAAUGAUUAAGGAUGUGAUCAAGUUGGAGACUCAAUACUGGACCCUGGUGGAUAUACCGAAGCAGGAGAAACAGGAGACCGUGCCUGCCUUUGUCCUGCGCGCCUGUUCCAUUAUGGAGAAGACCCACAAAAGCGGGGAAGGCGUGAAGACUUCGGCCCGACUGGCCGAAGAAGCUGAAACCAAGAGAGAACGCAUUGAAAGACUCGAGAGUAUGACAACAGCCCAAAUCGAAGCAGAGAACACGCAAAUGACUAACGACCUUUAUAGAUUAUUGAAAAAAUAUACAGGACUCAGAAAUCUCAUCCGAGAUUUAAAGGAGGAGUACAAUAGCUCAAAAGUGUAUCCAAUCUUUCCUCGUUACCCAAUCCUAAAGGACAUGAUCAAGGAUAUAAUGCACAACCCAGACUAUAUGGAGGUCUGUCACGAGGUGGAUCAAGCAUAGCGGCCAGACCCCCUCCACCGUUCUCCACGUAUGACCUUGUAAAUUUCAAGGUCUUAGCGUGGACGUUGGUGAAGGGGGUGAACCGGAAACGAGCCUGGACAUGGCUUACUUCAUCCAUGGUGAACUAUAUUCACCAUAUUCCAAUUCUGUAAAUUUCUUUCACAUCUUGAUAAUAUCCUUUUUAUGGACAUUUAUAUACAUAUCUAUGUUUGUUGCACGCUGAUCAAAAUGAUAAUUUAUCAUAUCGUUAUAUUAUUUAAUUGAUUGUGUACUGAUACAACAAAUUUAUAAGGAAUCACAUACACAUAUAUCACAUUGUAUGUUAUUUUCAAGUUGAUUCGAAUAUUCUAUUUAUAGUUUGUGAAUGUGAGUUAUAUAGUAUGUGAAUUAAAGAAAUAAUAAUAGAGAAUGUUGUGAAGAUAGAAGUAAAAGGAGAGAUUUUUAUUAGCAAGUUUAUAUAAUUGCGAAGGGAAGAUUCUUUUGGAGCAUGUUGGAAUGAUGCUUUUAGUGUAAUCGAAUCGUGUUUGCCGUGUAUUUAUUUGGAAAACUCAUCAAAUCUGUUACUUGCAGACGAUGCUAACGAACAAUUUGAAUCCAAUGAUGAAAUCCAUUAAUUACACUGUCAAAUAAUUCAUAAAAUUUCAAUUCCACGAAAAAUCAAAGGAUUCGAAAGAAAGAUGGACCUUUGGUAUUUUUCAAAAAUUUUGAAAAAAAUAUUUAUAUUCUCCAAAUUACCUAUUUCAAAUAUUCUUAUUUACCACACACUGUUAAAGAGUUAACAAGCAAUAUUACAUAAAAAAAAAAAAUAAAAAAACACCAAGUAACAGAACGAGAAGUAAUUCCAACACACAAAGAAGAAAUAAAAAUUGAUCAUCAUAGUUUCUUAAUUCCAAUCGGAAUAGCCGCUUGCACGUUGAAACACAAAAAAAUACGAGAUUACACCUUCGCGUUUCACGCGACUGAAGAAUGGUGUAGAAUUUUUAUUAAGGCAGCUAAAAAUGUCGCUCAUUACAGGAAAAAUCCUGCAAAUGUUAGAUAAGACGCGCCCUCCCCAUCGUUGACUGUUUGUGCGAGUGUCUUUGUGUGGACAAAUUAUACCAUAUCGUAUGCUCGUGGGUGUGCUUAUUUGGAAUAGAAGAGAAGAGAUUGUUUAACCUGUUAACCGGACUAUUAUUCAUCCAAAAUCUUGAGCAUUCGCCAAAAUCAAAAUUAAUCCAAAUCAAAUUCUCAACAACAAUUGUCUUAUUACACAUUUGUUUGCGAUUAUUUUAUAUUGAAAAUUUAUUUACUUUUCAACCCAGAUUUUCAAUCCUGUGUUAUUAUAGCUUCGUUUGCAAUUAUUUGUUUUUUUAUAUGGAAAAUUUAUUCACUUGUCAAUUAUGCACUUUUAUACAAAUGUAAAAAAUUAAAGGAGAUUUAAGAUUUAUUUAUUACAGAAGGAGUACACUGAUCUAGAAGAAUAAAUUUCGAAAAAAAAAUUACUUUGACAGAAGAGAUUCUUUAGAAAGAGUAAUAACAGGAGGAAUUAUUUCUAUGAUCUUAUUCUUAAAAAAAAAAAAAAAAAAAAAAUAGAAUAAUUUAUUUUUAACGAAAAAUUAUGCGAGAUAUAAAUAAAGGAAUAAUCGAGAGAUUUAACGUUAAUUCAAGUGACGAGUUGACUCGUUUGACCGGUUAAAGGGUUAAAGGAUUAAAUAUGAAACGCGAUAUUCUGCUUCCUGCUAAUAAAUGAUCGUAAUACGUCGCCAUUAAGCAUCGUGAAAAUUAAUAAUAGUUUGUUAAGGGAAGGAGAGCUCUCUUUACCUACGAACAGGACAAACAGUAGUUACGUAGUUAUAUUUAUUAGCAUACAGUAUCGCGAUAAUGGCGAUACCGGUUUUCGUAACAUGAGAAAUAUUUUUGCUUCGAUUAAAGUGAAAAUGAUUAGAUAUAAAAUUAUUGAAAAUCAUGAAUAAUACAUGAUAUUAUGUAUAGCAUGUUGAUGUUCGAAAGAAAGAAAUUUAUUAGUUUCGAAUUUAAUUUAAAAAGAAAAAAGAAAGAUUGCAUUGAAAAUUUUUCUUUCUUUUAAUUUUCUUAAUCUCUUAAUAAAAAAGAUAUUUAGAAAUUAAAAUAUAUAACGAGAAAGAAUAUAUACAUAUAAAAUAGUCUUCUUAAAGUCAUAUGAAGCAAAAUGUAUUGAGAAUUAAAUUUAAUCUACAAUGAGUAUGAGAAUAUAUUUUUUUGAGCCUGUUGAGAAAAAAAAUAAUUGCCAAUUGAUAUUUUCGUUUCGCGCAGGAAGCAGUUCAAUGUCCUGUACGAGCUUUUUUUUACAUCUAUUGAAUGACGAUAAAGUGUACGUAAGCUCAAAAGCUCUUGGACAUGUUCAAAUAAAAAUUUAAUGUCUGAUAUAGUAUAAAUUGUAGUAAUUUUAAUUAUAUACAUUUUUUUUAGCAGUUGGUAUUAAAUGUUAAAUUUUUAUUUAUAUGCAUCUUAUAGUAAAAUUGUUGAUAUAGAAUUAUAACGAAAUUAAUAACCUAUAGCCAUCCAUUAAUUAGUUAGGUUAGGUUGGAUUACUGAUCUUCAAUUUUCUUUUAAAAAUUUUUCUAAUUUUUAAAGAAAAAAUCUAGAAAUUGUCCCACGAUUUUUUUUAACCUCAAAACGAAAUUCAUAUAUAGAUAUAUAUUGAAAUAACGAUAGCCAUAGGUCGCACAUAACAUUAAUAUAUAUAUAUAUAUUUACAUACUAUAGGCAAACAAAUUGAAAAACGUAUUCCAAAAAUAUAUAUAAAACUGUUAAUUUGAUAUAAUAAAAACAUAUCAUCACAUUGCAUUUACACGCAUAAUAUAAAUAUAAAUACAUCUACAUAAAAAAAAAAAAAAGAAAUCAUCACAUCUAAACAAAACAUAAUUAAUAAUCGAUAAUUUACAUUAACAUUCGAGACAAGUACUAUAAUUUAUUUUAAUACACACUAUUGUGAUAUUGAUUUUCGUUUGAAAACGGAACACUUGACAGCCUUUAAAUGAUCUAUCGUUAAGAUAUCUAGUCUUAAAGGAAAUGAAAUAAUAAUAAUAAUAAUAAUAAUAAAAUACGAAAUAAUAAUCUAUUACGUAAGUAAUAAUAUAAGAAAUAAUAAUAAUAAUAAUAAUAAUAAACCAAUGGCUGACAGCUCGAAAUCAAAAUGCAACAUAUAAAUGCGCGACACACAUUGAGACAAAAUAAAAAUGAUCCAUUAAUUGAAAACGUGGAUCGUUUUCAAUGUGUGUCGAUGCCUAGUGACCCACACAAUCUGUUCCCUCGUAUGUUUACAAUUCAUUCUUGUAUUCCAGACGUACAUGACACACGAAAUAGUGGAUCAAAAUAAUACAGUUCACAGAAAUGCUGGGUACAGGCGUGCAAAAUGAAUAAUAAUUAUUUUGAAAUUUAAAAAUAAACGAACAAUUCAAUUGUCAAUUUUAAAAUAUUGAGAAAGUAAUUUGUAUUCUCUUUGUAAAUCGAUAUAAAAAAAACGAACGAAAGAUCAAAGUAUAAAAUUGAAAAUUUGAGAAUAAAAAAUCUUUUCUAGAAAUUUGAGAAUUAAAUUUUUCCAAGGAAUGAAAUAUUUUUCGAAGAAUAUUCGUUUUUUUAUCGCAUCGAUUUCGGUUUAUUAAUAUCAUAAUAAACAUAAUAUCCGCAAAAUCAAAUUCUAAGCAGAAUUCUAAAUAAAUCAAGAGCUUAUGCAACAACCAAUGCUUUAAUUGUUAUUAAAUUUCGUGAUAAUUUUGCAAUUGUAAUAAAUUUUAUCUGCUAAAGCAAUUAGGUCAUUUACGAUCUAUGCUACAGUGCACUUCAAAAAUAUUCUGUAUCAAAAUUGUACGUUAAUAAAAUCUAUGCCGAAAGAAGAAUAAUUAAAAAAAGAGAUGGAUUAAAAUAUAUAAUUAAUUGUUCUUCCAAAAUCCAUAGUUUAUAAUUUUGCAGUGAAUCAAACUUAAGAAGCUUUGAACGUAAUUAAAAUAAUUAAUAAUAAAUAUAUAAUGAUAAUUAACGAUUUAAGAAGAUUAUAUUUAAAUUUAAUUACAAAGAAUAAUUUGCAAGAUCAAAAAUUGGAAAAUAAAUAUUUACAAUAAAUUAUUACUUUGUCUGAAUCCAGCAAGUCUAUACACGAAACAAAAUAUAUAUCGUACUGACUAUAUAGAAUAGUGCUUUUGUCGUAAGAUAUUUAUCUUAGUCUAUAACUCAUGUAAAUAAAGUAACUGAAAAUAUUUAAAGAAAUUUUACAACACGAUCAACACUAUCUACACUAGCUUCAUAAUUUUCAAUUUUUUUUAUUUCGCUCUGUAGCAUAAAUAAAAAUAUUUUUUUCUUUCUAAAUUAUUUACAUAUAUGAUUUUUGCAAAUCAAUUUUUGCAUCAAAAAAAAUUACAUAAUCAAAUCUAUUACUUGUAAAAUCAAAAAAAUCUGUUAUCGAAAGAUCAAAAUUCAGUCAAAAUCAGAAAAAUUAUUUAUAAAAAAUUAAUAUCUUAUAUCUAUUUUAAAAUUAACGCGAAGACCAAAAAGAAAUAUACAGAAAUAUAUAUUAUAUGUUGCAUACAUAUAUUGAUAUACAUUGAAUUAUUAAAUUUUAUUUCUCAAAUAUCUUGACUGAAUAAAUUCUAUUUAUAAUAACAUAUAUUAUAGCAAGACAAAUGAACGUUGGGAUAAUUCAUUCGCGAAGUAACAAUUGAUAUUUUUUAUGCAAAAUAAACAGAUUAAAAAGAAAAUAUCCUCUUAGACCAAUGUUAACGUUAAGGAAAAACUUAAAGUAUAGUAUAAAGCAAAAACGUAGCGAAGGAGUAAAGCUAUACUCGAUGCAAUGUCUUUGAAUUGAUGAAUAUAGCAAGCGUGCUCGCCUUUUUCAUGAAACUAGGAGAGUGCCAAAUAGAUUUUGAAAGUUUAUACGUGUGUGUGCGAAUAUUAGCGUUGAUUCGCUAAAUAUGGCGAAUAUAUUUGCGAAUGUUAUUGUCAAAUUUUUAUAUAGUGUGUUGUAUCUAUAAUAAUAUAACAAGCUUUAUUUUGCUGGAUUGAUUGUUAAUUAUAUACGUAAAAUAUUAAAAAUUCAGAUUUGAAUUUAAUUACCGAAUGUUCGUAUAAUAUUUUGAUAAUUUUAAUAAUGUUGAUAGUUUUAAUAAUUUUUCCAAUUUUAACAAUUUUUCCUUUUUAAUUUAUGAUUCAUUUAAUUUUUACCUAUGGAUAAUUUCUAAAUUAAUGAAAUUAAAUUGCGUAUCAUAAAAGAAACUCUCGUACAAUACGAUUCAUAAUUGGAAAUCUUUAUACUAUGACAAUAUAACACGAUUUCAAUAAUAAUAAUUAAAAUAAUAAUAAUUAAUAAAUUAAUAAUUUUCCUUUUAAUUCUAAAUUAUAUAAUUUCUAAAUUAAAUUGGAAAAGCAACUCUCGUAUAAUACGAUUCAUAAAUUGCAACCAUUAUAAUAAUAAUAAUAUUUUUAAUAAUUUUAUUUUUCUAAGGAUUAAUUGAACACAAAAGCUUAAUUUCUCUAAUAAAAAAAAUCAAAAUUUAAUAAAAUUAAAUAUUAAUAAUAAAAUUAAAAAUUCAUUCCAGCAAAAUAAACUAUCGAUAAUUUAAGUAUAAUUACGAUAAAUAUAUACAGAUGUCUGAAACGAGAGAUCUACCUAAUGUGUUUUAAAAAGUGUGUAUAUGGUAGAUGUAAUAACUGUGUUAAUGUCUCAUAGAAAUGUAUAAUAUUCAAUGGUGCUUUGGUUUCCCAUCUUUAAGUCUUUAACGAUAUAAAAUUAACUUAAAAUAAAAUCGAAAAAACACCCUUUAAAAUUUUUUCUUCCCAUAUUAAUGUAUAAAUCGAGUGUCAUGUGUUUUUCUUUUUUGAUUAUAGCAAGUACAGUGCGAUAAAAUUUAUAGAAACGACCCAAAAAGAAAACCCUAAGAAAAUUUGCUUUGACGUAAUAUAUGCUAUUUUGUAAAAAUAUUAAAUUUCUACAAAAAUCGGCAAGAUAUAUAUAAAGAUCAAUUACGAAAUCAAAGGACCAUUAUCCGCUGAAUAAAAUAUACAUAAGUGUACAAUAACCGUUACUCGAUCGAUAAAAAAAAAUUUAUAGCUUUUCUGCGAAGAAUUCGAUUUUCGAAACUUCAUCUUGCGCUCUUGGUAAGUGUAUACAUAUAUCGACCCAUCAAUGAAAAAUUCGACCAAUCUCUAUGUCUAUAACCAGUAUAAUUAUAUGCUAUUCGGCGCAUGUUUUCAUCUAAGCGAUUUAAUAUUUCUGAUAAGUCAGAUAUAACACAUAAUAUAUUCGCUUUAUUACGAUAAGCUUUUGGGUGCAUAUCGAUAAGUCACAUAGAUGUAAAUUUUUACGGACAACAAAAAAAAAUAGAAAUACAAAUAUAUAUAUUUUGACAGAAACUUCACGAAGAAGUUCGCGAGAAUCUUGAGGAGGACCUUUAAAUCGAGACUGUUCUUUUAAAUGCAAACAAUUUUUCAAUAAGACAGUUUCACGAUUAAAAAUGUUUAACAUCGUGAUCAACUCCGUGUAAAAGAAUUCUAAUAUCUUCGUGAUAUUUUCUGAUAUAUUGUACGUCGCUGCGGAUCAUAUUAAUUCAGACGUUUGAAUGUUUUUAAGUACUUUCAUAUUCCGAACGAGAAACACAGUCGUGGGAACACAGUCCAACUUGAAAACAAAUGAAGAAAAAAAAAGAAAAUUUGCGAAGAAUUUAAAGAUAGAGAUUUUCUAAUUUCGUAACCAUUAGAGAGUAACUAUAAAUUUAAUUAUUUUAUUCGCAAUUAUACUGCUUGUUUUUCAUUAAACAGAAUCAUUCCUUUCACGCAUUAUAUAUUAGAAUAUUAAUAAAGAGAGAAAUUUCUAGAUAUUGUUAGUACAGCUAGCUUUAUGUAUUUCAUUGUAUAUAAGAGUUCGGUCAUAUGAGCAUCGAUAUACAUUGUAUCGUAUUACAUUGUAUAGUUGCAAAUACAUUUUAGAAUAAAACUCUCGAGAGAUUAAUGUGCGAGAAUCCAAAAAUGUCAGGUCAGAUCAAAUUCAGAAUUCAUCUUAUCAAAGUCCCAAAACUAUCUCGAUUCGAUAUCAGAAUUCCUGAAAAUUUUUUCAGGAAAGAGAAUUUUUUUCUUUCAAUUUUUUUUUGGAAAACAAAGUGUACUUCCAAAAUUUCCAAAAAUGUUAUUCAAUUCCUGGAAAUUUUAGAGAAUUCUAAUAUUUUCAAGAAUUCUAAAAUUCUCGAAAUAUGAGAUACUUUCAGGAUCCGAUGCGAUCCGAGUCGAUCCGAGCAAAGCCGAUCCAACCCGAGCCAACCCGACCCGUCCCGAGUAUUCCAAUAUUUUCGGAUUCUUGUACAUCUCUUAGAAGUAACUUUUGCUUUCAAAAGUAAUUUUCACUCUCAAUGCAGUGUCCAAAAAUUAUUCUCGAGAAUUUUACUUCCAAAUAUAUUCGCAUUCUUGAUUAUUAAUCUCUCUAGAAUUUGCACGUGUGACCGGGCCUAAGACAUGCGAUUUAAUAAAUAGUCAAAUUGUAAGAAUAAGUCAAUCAUCAGGUUAGAUCGAUUGAGAGAAUUAUAUAGAAUCAUAAAAAUUAUCUAUUGUCAUUUAUAUCAUAUAAUCUUUGCAGUCAAUAGUUAUCGAGAUUUUCAAAUCAGUGUGUGAAGUUUAAGCAUACGUUUUAACGUCGCGAACAAUUCGCAAAUGCUUUUCGAACUUCGACCGUUGGUAUCAUUAAUCGUUAGUCCGUAUAGAAUUUCUAAUAUACAUAUAAUCACGUGUGUGGCAAACAAGAAAAAAGGAGAUAAGCUAUUGUGAUGUUUGUAUUGUAUCGUAGAGGUUGGAUUCAUUUAGAAGUGCAUAGUGUACUAUAUUAAAUCAUAUAUAAUAAUAUUUCAAUUUUAAUCAGUUCUUAUAAUAUAUAUUUGAUAAUUUAUUGAAGUGUAAUUAGAAUAUAAUAUAAAUUUUAAUUGAUUGUAAAUUAUAUUAUAUAUUUCGUGUGUGUUUUUGUUCGUUAAAGUGAAAAAUUUGAUUCUAUAAAUUACGUUUAAAUGAUGAAGAAAACCAUUUUUAUAAGUAUAAUGCAUAAAUGAUAUAUUUGAUGCAAAUGACGUACACUAUUAAAAACAAAAAAAAAAAGAGUAAAAAAACAUCAAUGUCCUGACUAUUUCGUGUUCAACUAAAGUUUUUGAUGUUUUAAUAAUUGCUUCAAUAAAAAAAUAGAAUCUUAACCUUGUUGUUACUAACAUUUAAAAUAUGUAUAAAAUAUGUAUUAUUUUAAACAAAUAGUUUAAUAAUUUUCUUAUUUAAAAAAAACCUCACUAAAUAUUUGCUUUUCAAGUUUUAUAUUAAUAUAUAUUAUAUAUAUUUAAAAAUUCGUCAAAGUUUCUUUUCAUUUUUUUAUUUUAUAUUUAAUAUUUAAUAAACUUAUAUUUAUUUAACAUUUUAUAUUAAUUUUAUAUCAUGUAUAUUGAUUCAGUUGAAGAAAUCUGAAUUCAAUAUAAAUUGAUCAUAUUAUUGAAAGAAUUAAGAAAAAUCUUUAUCUUGUGACAGCAAAUGUUAAGAUUCUUUGAAAAAAGAAUUCGUUAAAAAAUAUAGAAUUAAAAAAAAAAUACAGAAAAUAGGCGGCGAGUUGCAUAAUGUCGAUGUAUGUAAGUAAAAACAAUUAGUUUGCAAUUCAUGUAACUAGUUAACAGAUGAACGUGACGUAUGUUAAUAAGUAAAGAAAAUGUUACAAGGAAACUGUGUGUGUUUGUAAUCGCGUUCCUUAAACAGACUGGCUCUCAUAGAUAACAUUAAAAGUAAUGCGUUUAUGUAUGAACUGGUGUUCAAUAGUACACGAUUAGGUAUUAGAUAUCAUGCUAGAUUAGUAAAAAUAAUAAUAUGCUAUAUGUUAUAGUGUUGUACUAGUGUUUACAUCUUCCUAUUUACGCAUUCUGUAUUUCCUAAUGGAAGAUAGAAAGUAGUUAUGUGUACAUGCUAGACUAGUCAUAAAAAUUAGUAUUAAUCCAUUGAUUUAAAAAAAUCUUAUGCAGUGUAUAUUAAAUGUACGAUUUUAAUUUCGUCUAAUAUAUCUUUGUUACUGCUAUAAAACUUCACUUGUUUAUUGGUUGUUAAGCUUUGUUAAUAAAAUAUUAUAAGAUUUUAAAAGACUAUUUAAUUCAAUUUAAAUUCCUUUCAUUUCCAAUUAUAUAUAUCGUGUAUAAUAUAUAUAUAUAAUUUUAUUAAAUCUUUGUUUUAUUUAUAUAAGUUAUAUAAUAUUAUUUAUAUAUUAUUGCUAAAUUAAUUUUAGUAAUUUAAUUUAUCGGUUAAUUACUAAAUUUUUCUGUGAGUGAAUGCAAAAGUAAUAAAUUUUUGCAUCAAUUUUUUUGAAUAAAUAAAUAAAAAAUGAAUUUACUCGAAAUGUUAAGUUUUAACAGGCGGCACUACUAACAGCAUGGAAGUUAGUAACAAUCAAAAUGGCUGCUACCAACUCGAAUAUAUCCAGUGAUAGUCCAACUAAGAAAGAGGACGAAUUCAAUGAAUUUUAUUCCGAAGUA